CUCACAAGGGCGUGCAGCUGGGGUGCGUGUUGCUGUUUUGUUCCCAGAAAGCGACAACUGCCAGCACUCUUCUGGCGUCUGAAUAGACCCGUGUCAGGCAAACGGCAUCAGGGCUUGAUGGGGAGCCACGCUGCUACCAAGCAGCCGUUAGAUGUGCCGGCAGGAGGUGGACUGGCUCAGGCAGUAACGCUGCCUUGCGGUGGCAAAGGUGCUCCAUAAAGAAGUGAGCCCUGGCACUGCACAGCCCUGCAAGACACGCCUGCCUGGGCUGCCGCUGUCCUCAUUCCUCCAAACCACUUCCAACAACAACAGCAACUCCUGCUUGCAGCUGCCUUACCGGGGAGAUCUAUUUUCCUUUCUGUGCUGAGGGAUGAAGCUUCCAAGUCUGUGUGAUCUGAGCAGGUGAGGAUGUCUGCUGACAAGUCCAAAUGAUAUUUUCAGGUGUUCUGCUGAUCUUGGCACUGACAGAAGAGCUGGUGUUUUCUGUUCAGGUACUGUCUCCCACCGUCUCCUCCUCUCAGGGCUUCCCGAUGGACAGUGUCACAGCCAUGGGAACAACGCCUCGCCACAAAGGCCGCCACACAUCAGAGCCCCUUCCCACAUCCUCUUACACCAUUGCCCACCCCGUCAGCUUGGCAGAGACAGCCCCUUCCACUGGGCAAAAGCAAACAGGCAGCCCUCGCCUGGGCCAGGAGGGCACCUACCACUCACACAACCAGAGCGCCCUGUACUCGGCACAGACUCGCCCCAAGGGGAAAAUCUUCCAGGUGUUCAAAGGCAACUUCACAGAGUCCUCAGAGCCUUACCUAAAGACAAGCCUGCACUCUCCCUUCCCCACCCUGAGGAGCCCUUUCACGGAGCACCCGAUCCAGCCCCAGAGCACAGUGCCCAGCCAUGUGAGUGGCAGGGGGCUGGCAAGAACUGAACACCCAGACCCUGCCCCACUCCACAACGCCUCGGGAAGCCUUGGGGAAGCUGAGCAAGGGGAUGGGGCCAAGCUGGCGGUGCAGGAGGCAGAUUUUGCCACCACAACUGCUGGACCAUCAGCUGAUCCUGAAGCAGUGUCGGUGCCUUUUAAAUCCACCCACUACAGUGUAUGGGAUAUGCUGAGCAAAAACAACUCUUGGGUGACCUUGAAUCUUAGUACCAAUGUCCCUCUGUUUGCCGGCCCUGGAUCUGCCACAGCAGCAGCAGGCCACUCGGUUCAGACCAGUUUUGACGUCAGCAUCUCCUCCCCAGCAGUGGGAGAGCCCAAGGGACCCGCCGUGACGCAGCAUGGCGGGGUGACUAACACCAGCUUGCUGGACAGCACUUUCUCUGCAGUACCUACCACAAGGUUGUCCAGCUCCAUUUCCACAGCUGGAUCCACUGCUACUGGGAACUUCCUAAACAGACUGGUUCCUGCUGGGACCUGGAAACCGGGAGUGCAAGGAAACAUCUCUCAUGUCACCGAGGGGGACAAACCCCAGCACAGAGCAACCAUCUGCCUCAGCAAGAUGGACAUUGCCUGGAUCAUUCUGGCUAUCAGCGUACCUAUAUCCUCUUGUUCAGUUCUGCUGACAGUCUGCUGCAUGAGGAGGAGGAAAAAGACAUCUAACCCAGAAAACAACCUGAGUUAUUGGAAUAACGCUAUUACCAUGGACUACUUCAACAGGCAUGCUGUAGAGUUACCAAGAGAGAUCCAGUCCCUGGAGACUUCAGAGGACCACCUCUCUGAGCCUCGCUCCCCCGCCAACGGUGACUACCACGACAGCGGGAUGGUCCUGGUGAACCCAUUCUGCCAAGAAACGCUCUUUGUAGGACAUGAGCAAGUCUCUGAGAUAUGACCCACAGCUGCCCGCCUGGUGCAGUUUCAUCUCUGCUGACUCCAAAUGAUAAAUACAUAUAUAUUAUAAAUAUAACCUUUGUGUAACCCUGAAUUACAGGAAAUGUUUUCAGCUUUUCUUUUCUCCCUCAGAAUUGUCAUCCCCUUUUUUAUAAGUGUGGUAAAACUUUACAGAACAAACUGUGGCUUUAUAAAAUAAAGGUAUU